AUGAGCGAGGAGGUUCAAGGAAAGAAGGAACGAAUGGACCAUCUGAAUUUGACUCACGAAUUGAAAGUAAAAAAUGAGAUGGAAUGGCAAAUCAACAAAUCGAAUGAAGAAGUAGGAGAUUUUGAUGAGAAAGAUACAGAUAAGAGGGACGAUAAUGAUCAGCUAUCGAUUGAAAAAACUGUCCAAAUAAAUGAGUUGGCAGAAGAUACAAAAGACUUUCAAGAGGAAAUCAAGGAAAUUGAGACAGAGAAAGACAACAUGAGGGCAGAGAUGAAAAGCCUUUCAGAAGAGAAUGACAAGUUAAAAUCAGUCUUACUGGAAAACAGAAGGCGGGAAAGCCUACUGGAAGGACAGGUUAAGAGAUUAACCAAGGAGGUUAUGAGACUGAACGAAAUGUCUGAUGAAAAGAAAGAACAGGAGCCUUCUGAUGCCGCUGAACUGCAGCGGAUCAUAAACAAACAAGCUGAUCAAAUCCAACGUUUGAGGAAGAAGGUCCUCGAGAUGGAAGAGGAGAGACGACAGCGUGAGGCCGAUUUCCAGGAAUGGGAAAGAACUGCCCACACGGUCAGGAAGGAAAACUCGGAGCUAAAGGUCAUCUUGAAGGACCUCAGUCGAAAAAAGGGACUUUUUAUAAAAGUUUGA